UUAAGUCGCGAUCGUCCUUGUGAAGCUUCGGUAUAUCUUUACAUACGAAGUGGUUCAUCGGUAUUAUCUGGCUGCUUUGAAAAACCAUGGAGGUGUAAACAAAAACAAACCAUGGCCGGCAACUGUAGAGUGUUGUUUAAAUCAUUCACGUACAGACUAUUGCAAGCAAACUUACGGGAAUCGCAUUUUUGUAGCUUGAGCAUUGCCAGACGUUUCUCCGCGGAAGCGAGAACUGAUGCUGAUAGAGAUCCAGCACCGUUCUUCUUUAACAAAGAUGUGCAAAAUUUGCUUAAGAAGUUGACAAGGGUUGAUUUGCAUAAAGUUUUCAGAGCGAGAAAAGAAGGAAAGGAUCUAAAAGAACCAGAAUACAAAUUUAUGUCAACGGAAGAAGUAAACAAGGCAGUAGAGGAAGCAUGGCAGCGGGCUGAAGAACGAUUGCAGAUGCCACCUUUCCUUUUACCAACUCCAGACGUCUGUCGAGAGAUUUGUAAGGAUCCAGAAUUACAAGGCUAUUGUGAUUCAAAAUUCCUGUUUACAGAUAUCACAUUUGGUGUUUGCAAUGAGGACAGAUUGAUUGUUGCUCGAGACCCUGAUGGUACUUUACGACAUGCGGACAGAGAUGAACGUUUCCGUUGCAAUCAAAUCUACUUCCCUCUUCCUGGUCGCAAAUUAAGGACACCUCAUAUGUUUGAAGAACAACACCUUAAGCCGUUGCUCGAUACUGGAGAGUAUGAAUUCAUACUAGAUCGAGCAUGUGUGCAGUUUGAUCCAGACUCUCCAGAUUUUUGUAGAGUUAGAGAUCAAACAUUUGACCAUGUGGAGAAAUCACGUCAUUUCUCAAAGUUAAGAUCAACUCGUCAUUUUGGCCCAUUAGCCUUCUACCUUGCGUGGCACAGAAAUAUUGAUUCUCUUCUCUUAGACAUUGUGUCUGAUGGCAGGUUAGAUGAGGCCACAGCUUUGAUUAAUCUGUUUCAUAAACUGAAUCCAAGUUCAGAGUCUGCAAUAGCUGCUGCUGAAUAUGAAGGAGAUGACCUUGGCUUGAUAAGGCUAUAUAUCUCAUCAAGUGACUGCAGACGGCGAGGGCAAUUGGAAUUGGCAAUACAGACUUUGCUUGAGCUCCAGAAACAACAAGAACUAGUGGCAGAAGGAAUUCAACAUGCACAUGGCACUGAUGAUUGUGGACACUGCCUUCCACCAUUACAGAGUACUCGGCUCCUACAUCAUGCUGGUGGCAAGUGUCCUAUUACAGGAUUUGAUAUGGCUUAACAGUGAGAAGUAGCUGAUAUCAUCCUCAGAAUUAGUAACAUCAGCAACGUAAAUACAUCAUUAAUACCAAGAGACUCAAGAACAGUUUACUGUGGCAAUAAGAAUGUAAAGAUGGGGCACCCAAUGGUAUGAUGCCAAACAGAAAUCAAUGCUGCAUCAUUGCAGAAUCCACAGUCAUUGCUUGUUUUAUGAACCAAAGCACUUCAUGCUGUCAAGAAGAGCCUUACUCUGUCUGUAUUAUUGUGAUCACAUACUAAGCUGCACCCACCCCCUUUUACACAGUGCAAUAGUGGAAAUUCUUCUA